UCUGAAAGGACACAGGACAUAACCAGCCAUUACAUAAAUCCAUUAUAUAAAUAACAACUUGAUGCAGAUGGCUGAUACUCGCAGUUCUAAAACAUUACGACAGCUUUUUAUAGAAUUAAGAGUAUUUUAUAUAUAUUUUUAAGAAUUAUAACGCGCUUGGUAAAUGAAAACUAAAAGAACUCAUGAUAUGAAAUACUUGAUAAGAAAUACAUAGGAACCCGUCUCGCAUUUUAUGUUUCAUUCGUUUCGGGCCACGCGCAGAAUGCAGUCAUCUUUAGCUUGGAUUCCCUUGUUCACCCUGCUCCUUGGCCACCAGGUUUCAUCUCAAUUUUUGGAUGAGUCCUGUGGAAAAUUCCAGGAGCAGAGCAGGGCAGGAUUACAGGCAGCUGCUUGGAUGACAGCCGUCAGUAAUGCCUCGGAUUUUCUGUGCGGUGGCACUCUUAUUCACAAACGCUUUGUGCUAACCGCUGCUCAGUGCAUUGAACACCAAGAAAACCUAUUUGUGGAAUUGGGGGCGUACAAUAUUCCCGAUACAGACUCUCAGGACUCCAGAAUACCGAUCAUCAAAGCUGUUAUGCACCGUUUGUUCUCCAAUCUGCUCAUCCAGAAUGAUAUUGGACUACUUAAACUGCAAUUCAGCGUUGUCUUCUCGGCCGACAUUCACCCAAUAUGCAUUAUUUUGGAUGAGAAAAUGAAGACCUUCGUACAGUCGAUUCGAACCUUCAACGUCUUUGGCUGGGCCCCAAAAAGUCAGGGCUUGGAAAGCGAAAAUCUGCAUGUGCUUAUCUUUAAAAAGCUGAAUGAAACCGAGUGUUAUAUUAAUCACAGUUCAAAUCAAAUAUGUGCUGGUGCGCCAGAUGGAAACACCACUGGUGUUUAUUAUGGCAAUCCGUUGACCAAAAGUUUCAUGAUUUCUGGCAAUAACACGAAGUUCAAACGCGAAGUUCAGUUGGGGAUAGCAAGUUAUAGAAACCACAAAACUAUAGUAUUUACCGACGUUACAUCCCAUCUGGACUGGAUUGCGACCAAUGUAAAUAGAUUGAAUUUGGAGGACACAACUCCGAGUGCCCCACAGGAACCAGAGAGUCCAUCCGGAAACGUUAGUUCUAAAAGUGUUAGUAAACCUGAUUUAUGGUUGUACAAAGAAUGUGGUGGCGAUACCAUAACCUCACACCAAAUGGCUCUUGUUCUUGGAAUCAAUUUCAAGGCGAAUGGAGUUUUUAUCACUGAAAAUUUUAUUAUUACAAUUGCUAGAGGCAUGCCAGAAAAUGUAAAUGUUAUACCCUUGGGGAUAAAUAAUACGAGUACUAUGUACCAUCCUGUUGCUGUCGAAUCGGUCUUUAAGCAUCCACAGUACUCAGGAGAUAAUAACAAUGAUAUAGCACUGCUUAAAGUGAAGCUGCCAGAGGCCAUGCGUAACUAUUUUACAGAAGGCAUUAAGCCCAUCUGCAUGCUUUUGAAGAAAAGUCAUCAGUUAAGUGCGGAAUCUAGUCCGCCUUUCGCCAGAUUUGUACCAGAACAACAUGGAAAUACUAUCCUCACAACUGAGCACUCCGUUGAGCUAAUUAGUCCCGAGGAAUGUGCAAAACAAAUUCAUGGGACAAUCGAACAGAAUCAACUUUGUGUCGCACAUUCUACCGGAAUUAUUAACCCAAAUGAGUUGAAUGGCGAAGUGUUGGGCAAAAUGCUGAUGUAUUCGGCUAAGAAAUGGGUUGCUCUGUUUGGUAUACUCAGCUAUUCAACCUCAAAUGUUCACGUUUACACAAAUGUUAUGAGACAUACGGAUUGGAUAGCACAAACUGUGGCCUCUAAUUUAUAACUGCCAUUUUCCAUUCCAUUUUUAAAAAUGCAUUUAAUUAUAAUAAUUUAUGCUUACAAAUUACUAAGCUGAAAGUUGUGCUACUUUGGUUUUCUCUUCAUUUGCUUUAGAUGCAAAAGCUUAUAUGUUAUUGGCAAAAAAAGAUGAAUAAUAUUUAGUGUGUACUACUUGGCAAACGACUUAAAAAAAAGGAUUUUAUAAACAAAUUAAA